AUGUUUAAAUUUCAUCAAAUGAAACGUAUCUUUGAAAUACUAGAUAAAAUGAGAUGCCUUCGAAAACGUUCUGCAGUGUCAUUCUUAGGUGUCCUUGUCAUUUUCCUUCUAUUCAUGAAUUUGUACAUUGAAGAUAGCUAUAUUCUGGAAGGACACAAACAACUUAUAAGAGAAACAUCCACACACCAACUGAAUUCAGAACGCUAUGUGCAUACUUUCAAAGAUUUAUCUAAUUUCUCAGGAGCCAUAAAUGUCACCUAUCGCUACCUGGCUGCCACCCCUUUACAAAGAAAGCGGUAUCUUACAAUUGGACUCUCAUCAGUGAAAAGAAAGAAAGGGAACUAUUUACUGGAGACAAUAAAGUCCAUUUUUGAGCAGUCCAGCUAUGAAGAGCUGAAGGAAAUUUCAGUGGUGGUUCACCUAGCAGAAUUCAAUUCCUCCUGGCGUGAUGUCAUGGUCCAGGAUAUUACACAGAAAUUUGCCCAUCAUAUUAUCGCUGGAAGAUUAAUAGUUAUACAUGCUCCUGAGGAAUAUUACCCAAUCCUGGAUGGCCUUAAAAGAAAUUAUAAUGAUCCAGAAGAUAGAGUCAAAUUUCGUUCCAAGCAAAAUGUAGAUUAUGCUUUUCUGCUUAAUUUUUGUGUGAAUACUUCAGACUAUUAUGUAAUGCUUGAAGAUGAUGUCCGAUGUUCAAAAAAUUUCUUAACUGCUAUCAAGAAAGUUAUUACAUCCCUAAAAGGAACUUACUGGGUUACUCUUGAGUUCUCUAAACUUGGCUAUAUUGGAAAGCUCUAUCAUUCUCAUGAUCUCCCACGUUUGGCACAUUUUUUAUUAAUGUUUUAUCAAGAAAUGCCUUGUGAUUGGCUAUUGACUCAUUUCCGAGGUUUGCUGGCUCAGAAAAAUGUGAUACGUUUUAAACCAUCUCUCUUUCAGCACAUGGGUUAUUAUUCAUCAUAUAAAGGAACAGAGAACAAGCUGAAAGAUGAUGAUUUUGAAGAGGAGUCAUUUGACAUUCCUGAUAACCCCCCUGCAAGUUUAUAUACCAACAUGAAUGUAUUUGAAAAUUAUGUUGCAAGCAAGGCUUAUAGUAGUGUUGAUGAGUACUUUUGGGGGAAACCUCCUUCGCAAGGAGACGUUUUUGUGAUUGAGUUUGAAAAUCCAAUUAUAAUCAGCAAAAUUAAAGUGAAUACUGGAACAGAAGAUCGGCAAAAUGACAUUUUACAUCAUGGAGCACUAGAUGUUGGGGAAAAAGUUAUGCCCCGAAAAAGAGGGAUACAAUGUUCUACUUACUUAAGACUAGGGGAAUUCAAAAAUGGAAACUUUGAAAUGUCAGAUGUGAAUCAAAAAGUUCCAUUUGAUAUUCAUUGUAUUAGGAUAUAUGUUACCAAAACACAAAAGGAAUGGUUGAUAAUUAGGAGCAUUAGCAUUUGGACUCCUUAACUUAUUAAAUCAAUCAUUCAGUUCCUGAAGCAGAUCUUCCUGUUUCCUUUUUUGCUAACUUCCUCUUUUGCUACCUUUGUCUAUUGGAGGGAAAGCAGUGGAUGGAAUACAUUAAGAGAAAAGUUAAACGUCUUGGCAGUUUCGGGUUACAUAUUGUCAGUGUAAUUUUACUCUAAUACACAUUUUAAUAAACACUUGUAUUUGUUUUAACCCUGAAGUUGAAUAUCAUCCCAUAGUUAAUGCUACUUUAUGAUUUUUUUUUUAAUGUUAUAAUGUUAGUUUGAAUAUUUCAACUAAAUUCCAAAGGAUGACAUGAUGGAUUUAAAAUAAGAAAAUGUAUUUUCUUGGAUAGUGAUUCUUGAACAGUGGUCAUCAUAUAGCUUGUAUUAAGUAUCUGCAUGAAUAUGCAGUUGGUUAGAAUGAUAAUUUGUUUUCUUUUUCUUUGUAAAAUUACUUUCCAUUGACUUCUGUACAACUACAGUGAUAUCUCCUCGUAGAAGUGUUGUCUUUGCAAUAGAGUUUUGCAUAUAGUUGGGCUAAAGAAGGAGAGAAAAUACUUAAAACAAUCUCUUCCGUGAUUCUUUGUAUAAAAGGGGGCAUUGUUUUAAAAUAUUUAAUUGAGUACCUAUUGUUAAUAAAUUCUCUGCGGGAAACAGUCUUUUUCUAGUUUCCCUUUUGCAAAAAGAAUAAAGUUAAGCUCAAUAUUUUCAGGUUACAUUGGGUACACACAUUUAAUAGAAGAAAUUAGA